AUGGCUCGUCCUGAGACAACCCACGUGGUCGACCUCGAGGCCGGACACUCCUCGUCGCAGGCGCCAGCACCGUCACUGCCUGCCACCACGACGAACAAACCUUCGCGCUCGCGCCCGUGGAAGCGCCGCGGCGGCAGCUGCUGCCGCCGUUUCGCCUGCUGCGCGCUCUUCUUCGUGACGGCCGUCGCCGUGCUACUCGGCGCGCUGUACCUUGCGGUGGACCCGAAGCUGCCCCGGUACACCGUGUACGCGCUCAACGUGACGGCAUUCGACAUGGAAGACGACCUGACGGCGCGCGCCCGGUUCGACGCGUCGGUGCGGUUCGAGAACCCCAACAGCGGCAUCGGAAUCCAGUACGAGGAGGGCUCCAGCCUCGCCGUGUGGUUCCGCGAGUACCGCCUGUCCGAGGGCGCGCUCCCGGCGUUCUACCAGGGCCACCGCGACGCGGUGCUGGUGCACGUCGCCAUGGGCGAGGCGCGGCUGCGGGGCACGGGCGUCGUGGAGGCGAUGCGGCACGUGAACGAGGCCGGCGGGGAGCUGCCGCUGGUGUUCCGCGGCGAGGUGCCCGUGCGGGUGAAGGUGGGGCCAGUAAUGACGGCCAAGGUGACGCCCAGCGUCCGGUGUGACCUGGUGCUGGACAGGCUCAGCACCGAGGGCAGCGUCGGGGUCAAGAACAUGACCUGCAAGUUCUCCAUGAAGCUCUGGUGA